AUGUCAAUUAUGAAAUGGGUAGAUGGUCACGAAGUGACCAGUAGUUUAGAUAAUAAUAAUGCGGACCAGCAGGCCCACUCGUGCUCUAAGGCUGAUACUGAAGAUGAGCCACGGUCAUUGAUUCCUCCUCAAAGGAUGGGGGAGAUCAAUCGAGCUUACAGGGAUUACAAGAAGAGACCCGAAUCUUUGGCAAAACGAAUUUGGGAGCUGGUGAGAAAUGAUGGUACUCCUGAUAGGAAGAGAUUUUUAGCAGCACAUAAUCUUGUUAAGGAAAUAUUAGAACGAAAAGGUUACAGACAAGCUUAUAUUUCACGAUGGGGACUUAUCUUCCGUGGAGAUACAUGA